AUGACCGCUGGAACUCAAGCAACCAUCGAAAUCCGACAGUAUCGUCCAGAAGAUCAUGCCCAAGCUACCAAUUCCUACGUCGAGGGCAUGCUAGCUUUGGACCCUAAUCCAGAGUAUCACUACCUGUGGGGAGAGCUUCUCCGUAAGGACCUGACGAAUGACCUAGCUGACAUCGAAGGCAGUCACAUGGCUCCAGGUGGAAACUUCUUUGUCGCUGUGGUGACAAAAGACGGGUCAAGCAAGGUCGUGGGCAUCAUCGGACUGCUGCGCGAAUCGGAGGACGUUGGGCAGAUUCGACGCGUGGAUGUAGAUUCAAACUACCAGCGCAUGAGUAUAGGCCGAAAAAUGAUCGCAGAGCUGGAGAGCUGGGCCAAGCAGAACAAAAUCAAGCGUGUCUUUCUGAGUACUGGCGCAAACAGUGAUGGACCAAAAGCAUUUUACACAUCGCUGGGGUAUACCAAGCUGGAUGAGAUCCUGUACAACUGGACGAAUCCCCAGUAUCUUCGCCUCGUCAAGUUCGUCAAACGGUUGUAG